CGUAAACAUAAAAAACAGAAACUGUUCUUUCCCAACUGUCAAUUAAAAACAAUUUAUGAAAUUAUUUAGCUGAACACAAAAUGUCUGAUGAAGAAUUUGACGACGAUAAAAAUUGUGUGAAAGUUGAAAAUGUCAACAAUGCCAAUUCCAACAAUUCCGGUUCAAACGAGGGGAAUGAAGGUGUAAUAAAUUGCAAUCCAAGCCAAGUGGAUACUGACGAGUCGGAUAAUGAAAUAUUACUUGGUGACGCCAUUGAAGGCACCUUGUACAGUGCACGUUUUGUGUUAAACACUUUGUUAAAACUUAAAUCUUUAGAAGAAAGUCUGGAAAAGGAUAGACAAUUUGAAGAUGAGCUAUGCUACCUAUGGGAUAUGACAAUGGAACAAGAAGUUAUAAAUUUUCUAUUAGAGCAAGGAGUGCUCGAAAUAUUUGCAGAAUACAUUAAAAAUUCAGAUGAUAAGCGCUUAAUUGAAAUACUAGUGGGCAUAAUAGCAAAUAUGUGUAGCAUUAAAGAUACUUGUGCAAUACUUUUACAAAAAAAGGAUGUAUUGUCGACUAUAUUAAGUUUGUUCGCAUGCAGCGAUGUCUUGACAUUGAUACAAACUGGACGUUUGCUGCAUACGAUGCUUUGUAAGUUAAAUACAGAAGAGUCUUUAGAGUUAUACAAAAUAUUUCCAGACGCAUCCGUUAUAAAAUCUAUAUAUUAUAUACUAUAUAACUCUGUUCAUGAUACACUACUUGAAACCACAAUGGAAACGCUUAACGCUAUUUUAAGAAAUUGGUCAAAUAUUGUGAUGUUAGAUACUGAAAUUGAUAAAAAUAAAUUUUAUGAUUGCAUACCAAACGUUGAAGAUGUUAUAGAGUGUACUAUAGAAGCAUUUCAAACUUUACUUCCGCAGACGAAUGAUGAAAUGAGAGGCGAUACACAUUUUACUACUAAGGACACAAGGAGAAUGACACUAUUUCUUAGUAUACAGGAAACACUAACGUUAUUCGUAAACGAACCUGUUAGCACCUACAGUUUAUAUGUAGACAGUUUAUGUGAUUGCUUUGUGACUAUAGGAAGCACAUUACUAAGACCAGAACCAAUCUUACCAGUAAAAACUUUUGAGUUUGAUGCAAUCGAAACUAUAGCCGGAAUGCUUAAGUUUAUUGAAUACCCUUUUGACUCACAAUUGCUUGACUGCAUACUACAAAUUUGGUGGAAACUCUUGGACGGAAUAGAAACUGAGUCUGAUGAAUUCGGAGAUUGCUCAACUCCUGAGGAAGAUGAAGAGAAAAUAUUAUUACUGCAAAAUUUAAGAGACAUUAUCACUGAAACAAUUUUAAAAAUGGAUGAUGUAAAAAUGAAAGAAUUUCUACAAAAUACUACUAACACAAUUGAAGUAUUAUUACGAACUGAAAUGUCGCUUAACACAGAUCCACGUAUUGCGGAAUGCGUAAAUAAAGUAAAAGAACAGUUGCAUCAAAUAGAGCAGGUUGGAGAGUAAAAAAAAUCAAAUUUUAACAAUUAACGCUUAUAUUUAAUUCAUAAAUAAUGUUUAUAA